AUGGUGGCGAAGUCUUCGAUAGAAGAGUCGCUCGAGGCUGAAGAAUACAAUGUCAACGAAUUAGAGAAAAUGAAUCGGUUAGGAAAGGGAGGCUUUUGCAAUGUCCAUUUGGUGAACACUCGUCGGGAUGGAGUUCUGAGGCGAGUAGCCAUGAAGGAGCUUCAUCUCGAAGGCAUCGACACUCAGCAUGAAUUCCAUGAGGCAGCUAAGGAUCUGAUACAAGAAGCACAAAUAUUACAACAAGUCCAUCACUCGAAUAUUGUCGGUCUAAGAGGAAUCUCUGAUCUUGAUCCCAAUUCCUUCCUUUCCUCACUUGGAAAUUCUGGAACCUACUUUAUUCUAUUGGAUGUCAUGUUGGAGACAUUGGAGGAGAGGCUAAAUCGAUGGUAUAAGGAUGACAAGUCAUGGAAAACCAAGCCCUCCACGUUGCUUGCGUUUCGAAAGGCUAUGCUUCGCCGGAUGCCGAAGGAAGUCUGCAGGAAACGAAUGAUGGAACGGAUACGGACCGUGGUGAUGGAUGUCGCUGGUGCAAUGGAGUACUUGCACGAACAUAAUAUUAUCUUUCAAGAUCUGAAGCCAGAAAACAUUGGAUUUGAGAUUGAGACGGACCAAUUGAAAAUAUUUGAUUUUGGAAUGGCGAGGAGCGUGCAUCCAGUGACGGGCAAGAUUGUAGGCGAAGAAGAGGAAAUGAUUUGUGGAACACCACGGUAUUUUGCUCCGGAAAUCUUUGAUUUUUCGGGAGGAAGCAAACAAACAGAUGUUUAUGCAUUUGGAAUCAUGUUGCACGAAAUCUGUUCCAUGAAUGUACCCUUUGGUAAAAUGGACGAUUUCGAAGCAUUCCGAGAUCACAUUUGUGCGGGAGGACGUCCAAACAUGUUGGAGAUUCCCGACGAUGCAACGCGACAAGUCAUUGAGGAUUGUACAUUGGAGGACCCUGCGGCACGACCAUCCUUUAGCGAUUUGAGAGCAUGUCGCCUACCUGAAUUGCUUGUGGAGAAAAAGGAGCUUGAAACGAGUGUCCGAACUCCCGAAACUGAAAUUAGCGAGAUGCAGAGCGGUCUUUGCGUUAACGUCAUACCGCUCGAUCUUGGUGACAAUGAUACUAUUGAAAAAUGCCAGCUACCGCAAGAAUUCGAUGAUGUCCCAAGCCGAAGUUACGCUUCCAACCAAAGUAUGCCCCGCAUGCGUCACCAUGGUGACGAAGAAUCUGUCAACAGCCGUGACCUUGGCCGCAGUACGCAUAGUGCCAGUAGUGAUUUCUUGUCCAAUUCGGAAUGCGGGAUGCUGCCGGACGACGGCGACGGCUCUUGCUUGACAGAUGAACAAAAGCAACGGCGAAAAGAGCGAAUACAAAGAAUUUUAGCCAGAAAGAAUAAACCAAGGAGACGAAGGUUGAAGAAUGAAGAUCCAAAAGAACAUCACUCCGGAGGAAAAGUAUUGCUUCGUCGAAGUUCUUUGUGUGAUGAUCAUGAUGUGCCUUUGCGAGAAAGUCCAAGUGAUCCUGUGGGUUUGGACAGCCAUUCUUCCAUUCCUCGAAACUUGAGUUACACUGAUGAUAACGACGCGGGUUCAUUUGCUGACGAUGCGAUUUCGCUGAAUGGUGAUUCCCCGUCCGUCAAUGACUACACCAUAUCCCUGAAAGGCGAACGAUCCGUAACCUCCAGAGUAAGCGAUGAUGGCCUGGAAAUGACGCAGGAUGUCCAACAUGUGAUAGAAGAAAUACCACUGGAAGAAGUACCACGACCCCCUCCUCCACCGCCACCGCUCCCAAUGCAGUCGCCACGAGCCGGACUAGACAAUAGCUCACAUGGUGCAAGGAAGAAAAGGAGAAAGAAAAAGAAGGGAAUGGAUCUUUCAUCCCAUUCCGCUUUGAAUAUUGCAACGGUUCCCCUAGCCGAUGAAGGACCGGAAGACCAGCCGCCUCCGCCGCCACCUCCACAUCCACCUCAGUCGCCACAGUUAUCAGUUGGAACGAUGAAGUCGAGAAAGAAGAAGGAGAAAACUGGAAUGGAUCUUUCAUCCCAUUCUACUUUCACUAGUGCCACGGUUUUCCAAGCCGACGAUGAACCUGCUGCAUCCUCUGGAGUCAAUGAUGAGGCUCUUGACUCUACGGAAGACCAGCCACCUCCGCCACCACCUCCGCCUCAGUCAGCACAGUUAUCAACUGGAACAAUGAAGUCGAGAAAGAAGAAAAAGAAAACUGGAAUGGAUCUUUCCAAUCAUUCAGUGCUCAGUGCUUCCAAAAAGAAAAAGAACUCUGGAAUGGAUCGUUCCAGUCAUUCCGCUCUCAGUGCUUCUAAAUCGGCACCCGAUUUGAAAUCUGCCAAGUGCGUAUCGGAUGAUGAUGCUUCACAAGCUGGACGAAGGAAGAAAAAGAGAGGAGGAAAGAAGAAGGAUUUUAUGUUCUCGUUGGAGAAUAAAUCCCAUGCUAACAAGAUGUCACCAUCCUCACCCACAGUUGGCUCACCAAAAAGUAGUAGCAAGUCGCCAAAGAGUAGCAGGACGAGAAAGAAGAACAAACUCGAAAUGAAGUUGGAACCACAAUUGUCGCAACGGGCAUUGGCUGAUCCUGCAAAGGAAGAUCCUGUACCGUUUCUCAGAUCGACUAGCGAUGCCAUGCUGCGGAAAAGUGAGCGCCCUACCAUGCCAUCCCGAGAAUUCUCUUGGUGGACACUCAAGAAUGCCCAAUAG